UCCCGUUCCCGCUGCCGCCGCUGCCGCAGCUGCCGCCGCCCGCGGGAUGUACGCCGGGAGGAAGAGGAAGAAGCCGGUGCCCAAGAGCCCCAAACCACCACCUGCUGAGGGUGUGAAGUCCAACCCCUCCAAGCGACACCGCGACCGGCUCAACCAGGAGCUGAACAAGCUGACGGGACUGCUGCCCUUCCCUGAGGAUGUGCGCUCCAGGCUGGAUAAGCUCUCCAUCCUACGGCUGGCUGUUGGAUACCUGAAGGUCAAGAGCUACCUGACAGCCACAGCUCCAAAGGCUGGCAGCUGCCCACUGGAUCAGCCCAGAGCCCCAGGGGGGAGCAGACGGACGGACACGCAGGCCGACAGGGAGCUGUUUGCUGAGGGGGAACUGCUGCUCCAGGCACUCAAUGGGUUUGUCAUCGCUGUGACAGGAGAUGGCUACAUCUUCUACAUCUCCCCUACGGUGCAGGACUACCUGGGCUUCCAUCAGUCGGAUCUCAUCUACCAGAGCGUGUAUGAGCUGAUCCAUGCUGACGACAGAGCCGCCUUCCGCCGCCAGCUGCACAGGCCCCCGGCACACGCUGCCCACGCCUUUCCCGCUGAGCAGCCGCUGCUGGCUGGAUGCAGCGCCACGCCCAGCCCCCAGCACGUCCGUCCUGAGGAGCGAUCCUUCACGGAGAGGAGCUUCACCUGCCGCUUCCGCUGCUUGCUGGAUAACUCCUCAGGGUUUCUGGCCUUGAAUCUCCAUGGGCGCCUGAAGUUCCUUCUUGGGCAGCAGAAGUCUGCAUCAGACAAGUCCCCCGUUGCUCUCUUUGCCAUCGCAACACUCCUCCAGCCACUCUCCAUCCUGGAACUGCGGACCAAGACACUGAUCUUCCAGACAAAGCACAAGCUGGACUUCACUCCUAUGGCCUGCGAUUCCCGGGGGAAGGUUGUCCUGGGAUACACGGAAACGGAGCUGUGCCGGAGGGGCUCUGGGUACCAGUUUGUGCACGCGGCUGACAUGAUGCACUGCGCAGAGAACCACGUGAGGAUGAUGAAGACGGGGGAGAGUGGGCUGACGGUGUUCCGGCUGCUGACCAAGCAGGGCGGCUGGGUGUGGGUGCAGGCCAACGCACGGCUCGUCUACAAGGGGGGCAGGCCCGACUGCAUCAUCGCCCGCCAGAGAGCCCUCUCGUGA